CCCCGCCUCGCCUGCACCGACGUCGCCGCCGCGCGCUGGCUGGCUGGCCUCGGCGCGCGCACGCUUCUCGCGGACCGGGAGUGAGCCGGCGGUGACCCGCAGCGACACGCUCGACAGCACCGCAUCCUCGUCCCGCUUGGCUGCGCCGCCGCCCGUGCCGCUCACGCGCCGCCUGUCGGAGACGCCCGGACGCCUGGCGGCCAAGGUCGAGGGCGCCGUGCACCGCUUCGAGCAUCGCCGCCGCGCCAGCGAGACGUGGAAGGCAAUGCGCGUCGGCAAGCACGAGGAGGCGCAUGCUGCCAGCGCCCACAGCGACGCCGGGCUCGCGGCCUCGGAAACAGCCCUGCCCGUCGUCGCAGAGAGUACGAGUCGCGAGGCUGAGCCGCGUGCGGUGUCCGAGCAGCAAGUGGAGCACGCCGCAGGACCGCAUGUCCAAGCGCCCGAGCAGUCGGCGAGCACGGCUUCAUCGGGCGACGCAUCGACGGCCGUGCUCCCUGAGACCACGCUGCAGGCAUCGCCCGAGACGCUGGCCACUGUUCCGCCCGCGACGCCCAUGCCCAUCGAAGGCGCCCAGCUGCCGCCGCCGCAGGUCUCGGCAGAGCUCGCCCUCUCCUCUUCCCCACCAGUGCCCGCUCCUUCGCCGAUCCCGGGCGUGCCGCCGGAGCUGGCGCGCGGCGAGCCGAUGCUCAAGGUUACGCAGAAGAAAGUCAUGCAGCGCUCCUUCCGCCUCGACACGGAGCGCGGGCAGAUCCUGUGGGACAGCAAGAAGAACAACAAGGUGAACCUCGAGGCGAUCCGCGAGGUGCGCGUCGGCGCGUCGGCGGCGUCGUACCGCACGGCGCUGUCCAUCUCGUCGGCGCACGCGCCGCGCUGGCUGAGCAUCAUCUACCAGUCGUCGGGCGUGUACAAGGCGCUGCACCUGAUUGCGCUCUCGGACGCCUCGCUCGCGCGCUGGCGUGACACACUGGGGGCACUCCACUCGCUGCGUGCGGCGCUGCUCGGCGGCGCCAGUGGUGCCGAGGGCCUCGACGAGCGGCAGCAGCUCUGGCUGCGCCAGCACUGGCGCGUCGGUGACACGAAUGCCGACUCGCGCUUGGCCUUCGACGAGGUGGUCCGGCUCUGUCGCCGCAUCGGCAUCGAGAGCAGCCGCAAGAUGCUGCGCGCGGCAUUCGCAGAGGCAGACGCGCAAGCGCGCGGCUGGCUAGACUUCGAGGCUUUCCAGCGCUUCGUCGGCGUGCUCAAGCGGAGAGAGGACAUCGAGAGCAUCUGGAUGGAGUGGGCCGACGUCGAGCUCGACGAGCAGAGUGGCACUGGAGAUGCCGUCGGAACAGGCGCGGCUGGAGACGCCGUCGCACCAGGCGCAGCCGGCGACAAGCAGCCGGACCUGGGCGACAUUGGUGCCUCGCCGUCUGCUGCAGCAGAAUUUCAAGCCAACACGUCGCCUACGCCAAGGGCAGACGCACACCGCCGUGCGGCGACGCGCGCCAUGUCGCGCGCGCGCUUCUGCGCCUUUCUGCGCGACGAGCAGCGCCUCAUGGACACGCUCCCGCCGCAGCUCGAGGCCCUCUUCGAGCGAUACGCCGAGCACGACGAGAACGAGCCGCGGCUGCGUCUCGACGGCUUCGCGGCCUUUCUGCUGUCCGCCGACAAUGCCGUCGUCGCUGCUGACGCCCGCCCGUCUGGAAGCGGCGCGGUUGCAGCUGCUGCCGCCGUCGCUGUCUCCCCACGCGAUGCGGCUGUUCUGCGAUCUCGCGCCGCAGCGCAGACGACCGAGGCGCUGCUGCAAGUCGGCGCACGCGCGCCCGAUGCGUUCCCAUCCAAGACGCACCAUGACAUGACGCACCCGCUGUCCGACUACUACAUCAGCUCGAGCCACAACACCUACCUCGUCGGCGGCCAGUGGAAGGGCGACAGCACCGUCGAGGGCUACGUGCGCGCGCUGCAGGGCGGCGCCCGCUCCGUCGAGCUCGACUGCUGGGACGGGCCAAACGACACGCCGCACAUCACCCAUGGCCACACGCUCACAAGCAAGGUGCCGUUUGUCGACGUCAUCACGGCCAUCGGCCGCUACGCAUUCGUCAGCUCGCCGUGCCCGCUGAUCCUCUCGCUCGAGGUGCACAAUGACGUGCCGCAGCAAGAGAUAAUGGCGUCGAUCCUGCGCAGCGUGCUCGGCCCGAUGCUGCUGAGCGAGCAUCUCGUCGGCCGCGACGGCGCCGAGCUGCCCAGCCCCGAGGAGCUGCGCGGCAAGAUCCUCAUCAAGACCAAGAACCUCGCGCUCGUCGCCGAGUCGCCGCGGCCGGAGCAGCCCGUGACCGAGGCCGUCUGCAUGUCGGAGGCGUCGACGGACACGACCGAGUCCGACGGCGACACGCUGCGCGACCUCGUGCGCAGCGUCACCAAGCGCGGCAGCAGCCACAGCGGCAGCGGCAGCCAGAAGCCGGCAGCCAAGGUGCUCAUGGCACCGUCGCUCUCGGCGCUGCUCAUCUACACCGUCGGCGUCAAGCACCGCGGCAUCAACAAGAAGGAGACGUAUGCGCCCGAGCACAUGAUCUCUCUCUCGGAGCGCAGCGCCUUUCGCUAUGCCCGCACGGCCGCCGAGGACCUCAUCAAGCACAAUCUCACUCACCUCACGCGCGUCUAUCCAAGCAUGGCGAGCCUGGCGCGCCUGCAUGCUAGCGCCAACUUCCUGCCGCACCAUGUAUGGGCCACGGGCAGCCAGCUGGUGGCACUCAACUGGCAGACGAUGGACCUCGGCUUCGAGCUCAACCGCGCGAUGUUCCAGCGCAAUGGCCGCUGCGGAUACGUGCUGAAGCCCGAAGCGCUGCGCAUCCGCGAGGUGUACAAGAGCGCGCCCAAGCGGCUGCGCUUCGAGGUCCGCGUGACGAUCGUGUCGGCGCAGCAACUGCCGCGCUUCAAGGAUGCGUCGCGCGACCGCGACAGCGAGGAGGGCGACGUGAUUGACCCUUUUGUUGCAUUGUCGCUCCUCGCACCCGAGGGCUGGGGCCGUCAGCCGAGCGUCAACGGAGACGCAGCUGUGCGGCCGUCAGAUGCACUUGCUGCUGGUCGGCGCAGCAGCAGCAGCGGCACACUGCUGCCGCCUCCGCCUCCCGAGGGCCGCAUCGGCAGCUACGGUUCGACGGCGACGCCCGCUGCGCCACCGGGCCGCACGCUGCGCAAGCAGGCCUCGUCCUCCUCGGCGUCCUCGAGCAGCAGCUCGACGCCCUGGCCGCGUGCUCGCACCGCCAUUGUGCGGGCCAAUGGCUUCAACCCGCAGUGGCGUGAGACACUCGCGCUCGCUGUCGACGUGCCUGCGGGCUCAGACGGCGCCAGCGAGGCGCUUCUCUCGCAGGCGCUCGCGGCCGUGCAGCGCGGCGGCGGCGCUGCGAGCGAGGCCGACCUGCCGCUCCGCGCGCUGGCGCGUGGUCUCCUCGACCUGGCCUUCCUCCGCUUCGAGGUCUGCGAUGCCGAGCAGGGCGGCGAGCCGACGUGCCUGGCCGCCUGCGUCACCUCGCUCGGCGCCAUGCAGCGUGGAUACCGCCACCUGCCGCUGUACGACGCGCAGCUCACGCCCUACAUGUUCUCGACGCUGUUUGUGCGCACCCACGUCGUCUUUCUCGGCCUCGCCGAGUGACCCUUCCUUCCCCAUGCACCCGGUCCGCCUUCACACACACUUUUACCCAUCGUCACCCCGCACAUGCCCCUCGCUAAUCGCAUCGUUCCCGCCUCGAG